AUGGAGCAAUUCAUAAAACUUUUCACGUCCAGCAAAAAUAAAAAUACUGAAGAAAAACAAGCUGCGGAGGAUUUAGAGGAACGUCGAAUCGCAGCUGAACGAGCUGAAAGGCGUCGACAAUUUGAUGAGGAAAUGUUGAGGAACGAGAAAGAGCGAGAGUCAGUUUUUGAAUGUUCUAAGAAUAUUUUCCGAGAUAAAAAUAUUUCCAGACAAAGAGCGCGAGAAAAUGAGGAACGUCGGAAAAUCAACCAAAUGGCUGCAAAAGAGCGGGAAGAGAGUAUGCGAAGAAAAAUGGCUGAAAUUGAAAGGCAAAAUGAGUUGAGACAAAGCGAGAUACAGCGAGAACAGGAACAUCGAUUCAGGGAGAUGGAAUACUGUGCAGCGAAAGAAUUGGAGAGAAAAGAACAGGUAGAGCUACGAAAACUGAAUGAGCAGCCUCAAAAAACUUAGAAAUACGGUCUUAUGGAAUUCGAGGAGCUCAGCAUUGUGCUCAACGAAUACUUUUUACAAGCUCCUUUGUAAAAAAUGUAUUUCCAGAUACAUGCCCAAAUAAUGCAUGAAAAUCAAGCAAAAUUUGAUUCAAUGAUGGUGAGAGAGCAAGAAGAAACUCAAAGGUAUGUUUUUUUUUUUCAAAGUCCUGGAAAAUUUUCACAAUCCUAAUCUCUUUUUUCAGUAUCAUCAAUGAAAUUCAAGAUGAAUCAAAGAAAAACAGUGAAGAAUCAGAACUUAGACGACAAAAAAUCAACGAUGAAAUGCUUGAAUUUAACAGGUACAAUUAAUAGUGAUGUUUAAAAAACUCACAAUGAAUUGAUUAAUUAAGAUUGGCGGAGGAAAAUAGGCAAAGAAAGGAGAAAGAAUUGGAAGAGUUGUGUGAGAAAACUCGAAUCGAAUUAGAAAACUCCAGAAAAAUGUGGGAGGAGCGGAAGAGACAAUUGGAUGAUCAAAUGAAGUUUAUGCAAGAAAUGAUGAGGAAAAAAUUAUGGACUAUGAAAUUGGAAUCUUAUUUCACAAAUCGAUUGAAUUUUUUGAGAACUUCUAAUCGAGAAAUUUCAAGAAAUCAUUUGCUUCUGGAAGAUAUCGUGAGUUCAUUUUUUCUUUUCUCAAAACAGAAAUUAUUUUCACAAUCAGUUACGCAUCGCGAAUCGGAGAAAAGAGGAGAAGAACGAGAUACCUGAAGAAGUUAUCAAUUCAAAAAUGGAAAUUUUACGGAAAUCUGUCGAUUCUGAGAAAGAGCUGAUGAAAAAUGAAUCGGAAAGUUAUCUGGAAAUUUUAGAGAAAGGACAAUGGUUGUUUUUGAAUUCUGUGAGAACAUCAUGUGAUGAUGUUUUUGAUUCUUGUAUCAGAUUUGAAAAUACGAUUUCACAAAUUGUGAGUUAACCAUCAAUUGAUUGUCUAAUCAAUGAUUUAUUUUAGGAUAUUUCAAACAUUCCUAAUUAUAUUUCACUGUUGAGAAAAGCCAAUGAUGAUGUUUGCUCAAAAAUAAGAGUGAUUCCAACUUUUGGUCAAUUAAAACAAAUGUAUCAAAACUUUGAUUAUAAUCAAACUCAGACCAAUUAUGGAAUGAUUGAAGAAGCGCCAAGUUCUGUGAUCAUUGAGGAAAUUGAUUGA